AUGGCGCCAACCGUCGGUGUCAAACAACGAAAUAGCAGGCAUGGCGCACAUCAUGCCGACUUCCUCCGACGAUUUGCUCAACGCGAGAAAGAGAGACGGACGAUCACGAAACCAGGCGCUCUCGACGCCAGACAGCGCGCCGCCCUUCGUGAACAGCUGAAGGAUAUGCGCUUUCUCAAGCCGGAUUACGCCGACGGAACCAAGAUCAACAUCGCCCGGAUAUUGAGGAAAUAG